UCAACCGCCAAUUUUGAAAAGUUCGUAUUAUUGUUGUUCACGGAAGUGCAAUGUUAACACUGAGUUGAACUAAAAUUUAAAUUUGUUUUGCAAUAGGCCUAAACUAGAGAAGAAACAGAAUGGAUCCAGACACGCAGAGACUCAUUGAGAGGACAAGGCAGAGAAGAGAGAUACUUAACCAGAGAAUAGCUGGUAUGCCAGAAGCUGCACCUCGUAAACGUAGAACACCUGUACUUGAAAGCGAUGGAUCUGAAAAAAUUCUUACAGAGGUGCAGAACAACCAAGAUGGCAUUACAGAUGCACCAUAUUAUGAAUCUCCAAAACGUCAAUGCUUUCGUGAUGUAGAGCAGACCUUGAAACCUGAUACUCCUGCCAUACAGGGUGUGCAUUCACGUGCUAAGGAUUUGUCACACCUUCUUACUAAAGAUAAUAAUGAAGAAAAUGUUGAAGUGCCAACUCCAAAGCCUAGGAAAAGCAUUUCAUCUCCUCCACUUGAGAAGAGAGGUUUGCCAUCACCGGCCAAGGCAGAAAAUUCAUCCAGCAUUUCCUCUGCCAGAAAAGGGCGCUUUGCUGCCCUAGCUCAACAUAUCAAUAAUUUUGAAGAUGAUUUGACACGCCAUGUUAUACAGAAAGAAGAGGAGAAGAAGCCAAGAUGGCAGCCCCCAGCACCAGCUAAAGCAGAAACCCUACCCAAAGCUAGUGUUGUCUCCUCUGGUAAAGGUCCUGCUCCCAAAGCUCCAGUAGCCACCACCGUAGCGUCUAGUGUGGCUGCCAGUAGUUCACCUAAAAAAACACAUGCUCCGCCUACACCCAGGAAUAAUGUGCCUAAAAGUCCUGCCUCCACUUUGACAAGAAACUCGCCUUUGAGGACAUCCAAGGUUGAACUGAAUAGCUCACCAAAACCAUUUUCACCUGCCUACAAAGACAACGUGAUUUCUCCAGUCAAAUUUUCCGUUGAUUUGACAGCAUCUGCUAAGUUAGCCACUCCCGUAAAGUCAGUUAUAAAACCAGCAGGGUCUAAUUCACCUGCCAGAACAUGGAACUCCCCACCAUCAGAUCUGCCUGUCAAUGCCCCAGGACUGAAUGAAACGCCUCCUGAAAGUGAUCUGAACAAAACCAUGGAUGAGCCUACAUCAAAACCUGUUUCUCAGAGAAUGGCCACUUGGGCCCAGAAGACAGAGACCCCCAAGUCAAAGGUGAUUGAACCAUCCAGACAGCCACUGUCUUCUAAACUGGCGUCAUUUGAAAAGAAAAUUACAGAAAGCACUCCAAGAUCUGGGAAAGCCUCCUCUGUGCAUGUACCAAAAACCCCCAAACAGGUGUGUACACCAGCGUUGUCAGCCUCUACUCCAGUUCCAACUAGUGCUGUACCAACAAAGGUGCGAGACCCAUCUGAGCUGCCAGUGUCUCAACGCAUGUCACAAAUGCAAGAAAAGCUUUCCAACACUCCGCUGCGUCGACAAGAUGAACCCACAGCUUUCCCAGUGGGUGCCAGGAUGUCAGCUUGGGAGACUAUGACAGCCGCCAACAAUGUCAGCAAUGUGAAGAAAGUAAAUCCUGCUGAUGUUGCACCAGUCACCCCAAAGCCUCGACCUUUCUCCAGCAUUGUACCAGGCUCAUCAGCAGCACCUGCCACUCCACAGAAUCCACCUCCACCUCCUCCUGUUACUAAAAGUGUUACACCAGCUAAAAGCUUUAGGGAAUGUAUAGAGGAGAAGGCAUCCAUCAUGUGGUCAAAAAAAGGUGUAGAUAUGUCCAGUAGCUCCCCUGCCAUGACAGGACCAGAAAAACAGUCUCCUUCCAAAAUGCUUUGUAGGACGCCUAGCAAAAUCAUUCACUCCCCAACUAAGGUUAGUGAAGGAACAAAGUCAGCCCAAAAGCUGUUGGUUGAACGGUGUCAGGAUAGCAUCACUACUGCUAGUGCUAAGGCUGCUCAGGAAAGGGCUUCAAGAAUGGCAGAGCUUGGAGUUAUUCAGAACAGGUGGAAAAAUGGUAUUCUAAGAGAUGACAAUUCAUCAUCUGAUGAAAGUUCUAAGGUUGCCCCUGUUGAUUCUAAAGUAGAUAGCAAGACGCCUGAGAAACCUACUUCAGAGCCGAAAACCCCAGCAAGCAGUAGAAGAGAGGAGGCUCGCAACAAAGCUAGAGCAGAGUUUAACAGCAAGUUGGCCGAGAUUGGUCUUGUUAGUGACACCUCAUCGAAAAAGGAGCUUCCAGCUACAGGCCUACCUGCCAGUGAAUCUAAAACCAAUACCAAACCCACAACUGGUGGACAGACUAGCAGCAUCUACAAUCUGAUCAAAAAGAGAGAAGAGAUUAGUUCUCAGACUGUUGAAGAAAAGAAGGUUAAAUUUAAUGACAGUUUUGAUGACAGUGAUGAUGAUUCUGAUCGCAAAAUUCCACGAUCAGCCAGAAAAUUGACAUCACAAUCUUCAGAAGAAAAGGAAUUUAAAGUACCUGAAGUACCCAAAGCCAAGGAAGAAAAAGAAUCAGAUGGUGCUACUAGCUCAGAUGUUGGGGAUGAGGAGUUUGGUUCCAGGUUCUCAUUGGAUAUUGAUGAUGAUGAUAUCAGCCUGAAGGGUUUUGUAUCUGAAGCUGUAAGAAGGGAGAGUAUCCUGCCUGUGCCAGCUCAAAGAUCGAGUCAGUCAGAGAGUUCUGGGGAUGAGCUUGGUGGCACUGGUGACAGUGAGGGAAGUGUGGACAUGCCAUCCUCCUCAAAGCAUGGUGGAUACCAGGCAGAUGAUGACAGUAUGGAUGAGGAGGAUGAUUCACAGAGAAAUGCAGUGGAUGAGUUGUUGGAUGAGGCUAUGAGUGAUACUUCAGAUGAUUACGACCCUGAUAUGGAUCCGAACAAUGUGGUUUUGAGAAGACCAAGGCCAAACAAUGAUUAUGAUCCGGAUAUGGAUAUUAACAAUGUACAGAUGAGGAGAAAGACUACUGAUCCAGUUCCAGCUCACAGAAACUACAACAGAGGAACAGACUCAACAGAAGAUGAAGAUGACAAUAGACCAUAUAGUCUACAAGCUUAUAGAAAGAGCGCCAACAUUCAUCAGCAUAUGAUGGAACCCAUUGUUCGUAGUAGCAGGUAUGCAGGAAAACCAGUCGAAGAAGAGGAAGUGAGAAUGCCUGCUGUCACUGAACCCAGAAGGGAUGAUAGACGAGCUGUUCAAGAACGUAUUAAAGAAUUACAAGAGUUGGUUCAGCAAGAACAAAAUGUGAUCAUGCAAACAAGCAAUGCCCUGAACAAGUGCUGCAUGGGCAAUUCUUAUUUUGCUGGCUCUGCUGAACAAGUGGAGUGUAACAAGCUGUUGCUGAUUGCUUGUCAAAAACGUCAGUGCUACAUGACAGAAAUACAGAGACUGAAAGAGACGGGAGUUUUGUCCCAUGAAGGGCCUGGGCCACAGGGGUCUCUGACAAUCAGUGAUAUCAGAUUACCUUUAAAGAAGGAGUUUGUCACCAAGAUAGGGACUUCCCAAGAUACUACGACACAUUACUUCAUACUGCUGUUUAAGAAUGGUUCCCAGCUGAUCUGUACCCAAAUGUUGUCUACCCAUGAUCCUAUGAUGAGAGGAAGUCUGGAUUUUCCCAACUUAAUUAAAAUUAAUGGGAUCACUGGAAACUUUAAACUUGUGCUUGAUAUUUACAGCAUGAGUGUUAGCAAAGAAUACUCUAAAGACAAAAAGAAAAAGACUCCUAAAAAAUCAAAGGGCUAUGCCAUGGCUUUGGAGAGUCCUGGAGGACCAACAGCUGUUAGAACAACAAGUUUUAGUCAUGUGACUUCACUCACACUUAACAUGAAGUGCUUGGAUAAAAAUUCUUUUCAUUUAGAAAGACUUCCCUACUUGUCUCCUUUGUAUGGUCAGAUUUUCAUGAGAUUAAAGUGUUUAAUGGAAGUCAAUGUUGAAGAGAGAGGCUUUUUGACAAUGUUUGAUGACGUCAGUGGAUUUGGUGCUUGGCAUCGGCGCUGGUGUGUGUUGUCAGGAAACAAACUUUGUGUUUGGAAAUACCCUGAUGAUGAAACUCGCAAGGAUCCCAUGGCCAUAAUAGAUUUGAAGAGGUGCAUCACAGAAAAGGUUGGUCUGGUGCCUCGAGAUAUUUGUGCCAGACCCAACACCUUUGAGAUGGUGACUGUAAGACAGCCCCUGAAAGGUGAACAUGACACUCUAGUGACUAAAACCUAUAACUCCACAACCACUGUCAGACACCAGAUAUCUGCUGACUCUAAAGAAGAACGAAUUGUUUGGUGCAAUAAAAUCAACCGCACUUUAGCCAACUUAAGGACCUGGAAUGCAGAUGCUCUGAAACCAUCAAAACCACAAGCCACAUCAUCCUACCAUUAGUUGCUGUAUUUUUAAUUUACACAUUUCUUUCAACUUGAACCACUUCUCCACUACUUUGUCAUGCUUCACCUUAUAUUUAAUCCUGAUAUUGAGUGAAAUAUUUGCUUUAAAAUGUACAUAACUGAAUAGAGUAGUUGCUGGCAUUGUGGAUUAUGAUUUAGCUAGCCAUUGGUAAUUAUUUUACAUCAUAUGUUACUGGGACAGAUUAAAAGAAGGCUGAAACUACUGAAGUCAGUCACAUGGGCUUAUCUCUCUAGUGACAAGAUUGUGGUAAAUUAUGUAAUGUUGUGUUGCAUGACUUGUGUCACUGUGUAUAUUAGGUGUAUAUAUUUUGUGUAUCAUAUUUAUAGCAUCAUAUAACAUUUUUCUUGUUGGAGUUACCAUUGUUGGUAUAUAAAAAAUUUAGAAGCAACUCAUGUUUUUUUGAAAACAUGUAUUGUUCUGUAGUAGGGAUCUUAUUUUGCAUGUCUUUCAUAUCAAGUGCCUUUUGAUGCCUUAUAUUUUUUGACAUAACAAAAUACUUGCAGUCUUCUUGUUUACAUAUUUUUAAAUUUCAGUGACACCUUAUCAGUUUUGUAGUCAGAGUACUUUUAAUAUAAAGUUUAUAGUUGUAUUUUCAGAAACUUUACAUUUUUUUAAAACGGACUAAGCUAGAGAAUAUUUUACUGUACAUCCUAAAUUUUGGCUAUAAGUCUUAUAAAGUUCAUCAUCAUUGACAUUGUAGUAUUUAUAUACUGGUCACAACUAUUAAGCUUAUUAAUGUAUUUGGAAAAUUGGUAUAUUUAGCAUGGUAUAGUUGUUGUAUUGCAUUAAUGAAAUUAUAUUAGAGGAAACUAGCUCCGUAAUUAAUGUACCAUUUUACUGUAAAUUGUAUUGAAGAAUUACAGGAGCAGAAAUAAAAUGUUUUUAAUUUA